CGCUCCUUACAAAAUGUAUAACACAAGGAAAUCCAUAACCUUUAUGGAACUAUUUUCUCUCGAAACGUUAUAUUAUAUAUAUAUAUAUAUGUUUACGGAAGUGCUGCUGGGCAUUUCUGUUGUUAAUGAUAAUAAUAACAUAAUAUAAUCAUUCCUUGAUCUUAUAUUUUUUUAGCACAUUAUUUUAUUCGUUAUAAUCUUCUACUUGCCAUAAGUUAACGAAAUAUGCCACCUAAACGCAAGGCUACAAGCCAGACAGUUAAAUCUGUCAAGAAACAGGAAACAGAGGCUGCGAAAAAGAAAAGGACGAAAUCGAAAGACAAACCUGUAAAAUCAACAUAUUCAGCAGCAUCAACAAUGACAGCAUGCAACGUUGCUUCGAAACAUACCGACAGUACAGCAAGUGUACUUUCGUUAUCAAGUCUGAUCAACGACAGUGGAUGGAAGACGGCAUUAGAAACUGAACUGGAAUUACCUUAUAUGAAAGAACUUGAGAAGAAAUUAGCAGAAGCUUACAAAACUAAACAAAUAUUCCCUCCACAAACACAGUUAUUUAAUGCCUUGAAUUUGACUCCAUUGAAACAGGUUAAAGUGGUUAUAAUUGGACAAGAUCCUUAUCAUGAUGAUGGACAGGCUAUGGGUUUGUGCUUCUCAGUACCAAAAGGAAUUGCUGUACCUCCAUCACUUAAGAACAUGUACAAAGAACUUGAGACUGACAUUCCUGGUUUUAAAAGUCCAAGUCAUGGUGAUUUAACACAAUGGGCAGAUAGAGGUGUUCUACUAUUAAAUGCCACACUUUCUGUACAAGCACAUACUCCAAAUUCCCAUAAAGAUUAUGGAUGGCAGAAAUUUACUGAUAAAAUUAUUCAAGUUAUUAAUGAAAAUUGUAAAAAUGUUGUAUUUAUUUUAUGGGGUAAUUUUGCCCAGAAAAAAGGCAAACUCAUUGAUGCUAAAAAACAUACCACCAUUAAAACUGGACACCCAUCUCCCUUAAGUGUAAAGUAUUUUUUGGGUUGCAAGUGUUUCUCUAAAACCAAUGAUGCUUUGUCUAAAUACAACUUAACCCCCAUUGACUGGAAAUUGGAUUGACGAAAACAACAUUAAUGCAGUUUUUAGUAACAUUUUUUUGUUUUGUUUUAUGGAAAUAGCAGCAUAUUAUUUUUAGAAAAUUCCUUUUUUUGUGAUAAAAUGUUUUCAAAUGUGAAUUUGUAUUAGAUGUUCUUUACUCAAUGGUUGCAAGUAUUAUCAGGUCUUUUAACCAUUGCUACAAUGCUGUUUGUGAUUAGUUAUUUGCCAUACCUCUGCUUUCUAUGUCAAAUCAGAGGCUGGAUGAACAUAAAAAACCCCCAAAAAAACAGACUUUCGCUAGGAUUCGGGACCAUAUCAACUGUCAAUUUCUUUGCUACUGCAAAUGGAUUGAAAAGAAUACCCAUUUGUGGGAUGUUAAAAAGAUAUAAGAUGUAAAAACAUCAAAAGAUUAAUUAAUCAGAAAACACACUUAGUUAAUUAAACCAAUGAAAACAAUUGCCUGUAAUUGCUGUCUAAAUGUAGCAAUGAUUAAUGACCUGAUGAUGGUUCAAGCCAUUGCUUAAGGAAAGUGACUUACGUCAAAACCCUUUUUUUUUUAUAAACUUUUAUCUUUCUCCUUGUUAUUUAUAGUGUACUGUUGUUCGUGAAUUAUAUAUUUAGGCCCUAUCGAAUGUCACAUAUGGUCACAUAUUUUUUAAACUAAAAAAAGUAAGGUACUGUUCCAAAUCAGGUACUGAAUCAAAUGGAAACAUGGGUAUGUCUACUGCUGAUACUUUUUAUACAAAUAAAUAACCUAUCACAUUAAUAGCAAACAUGGAUAUCUCACCUUUUUAGUAGUUUGGGCAUAUAUAGUUGUUGCGUUAAAUUUUAUGUGAUGAUUAAAGACCUUGAGAGGAUGGUUCCUUUUGAUUUUCAGUGUUCUAUAACUUUUCAUUCCAGACUUAUUGCCCCUCCCAUUCCGACUAUUGUUAACGCAAUUUUGAAGGAUUGGUAUGAAGCAUCAGAACAAUGACACGAUGAUCCCUAUCGAUUUUCAGCUCGAGUUUUUGAAGGAUUUUUUUUUCAAACGUUUUAGGAAGCAUUAGUACAUUGAGAAGAUGACCCCUAUCGAUUUUCAGCUUUCUCCAAUUUUCCAGUAAACAAACAAAUAUCUUCAAACAUAUCUUAGAGCGCUAAAUCUGCCUAUUGCAGGUCUUUCUUUAGGCCUGAAAUUUGAUCUAAAUUAUUAAUUGGACAUUAAUGAACUUAUCCAGACCAUAAUCAACUCUUGAUGCCAUCGUUAGCCUGUGAUAUUUACUAGAUUUUAAUUAUUAAUUGAAUACAUUUUGUGAUGGAUAAUUUAACGUUAAAGUGGAUAAUCGAGACUUUGUUAACAUACCAACGUCAGUAAUGACGACCAAAACUAGUCUAAAGUUUAAUAGCUAAUAUCUUGGUUGUGAGUGAAGCAAUUUGACUGAAAUUUUCAGCAUAUUUUGUUUUCAUUAUCUAUUUGUUUAACUAUUAUAGCGAGAACUGUCAGCUCUUUGUCUAAUCUUACCUAAUGUCCCUUUAAGUACUCUUUAGUCAGUGAAAAUUUACACAGACUCUAGUUGUGUUAUUGUUUACUUGAACUAUGAAUUAAAUUAUAAAAAGUGUUUUGAUACAAAUAUCAAUAUGCAGUCCUUCACAUUUAUAAAAUUGUGCAGGAGCCAUGAAAAGCUCCUGCCAAUUUCAAAAAUCAGAAAAGGUAAUUCUACAUUUUCUUGAAUUAAAGAGAGCCAAAUUGUAUUUAUGCUUUAAUCUUGUUUAAUAUUUGGUGAAUAUGGUAGCGUCAGAAUUAUCAACAUGGAAACUGAUAGCUCGAAUGUAUGCAGUUUAAAAAUAAACAAAAACUGAAAGUAGUUUAUUAAUCUCAAUAUUUAGGAAAGCGAUUUAGGUAAUUUGCUUCCCGCAAAGGAAAAUCAAGGUGCAUCGAGAGAAGCAGGAGCAAACGCACACCUUAAAUGUGAAGGACUGAAUAUGCCAUAUUUUAUAUUGUGAUAUCUAUUGUGGAAGACUUGUAUUGCAAUACAUGUAUAUCAGGUUUUUUUUGAUAGUCCUUUAAAACAGUGAUUUUAUUCCAUAUAAACGGUCUUUGAGUCUUUAUAUUUAAUUCAAGUUGUAAAUUUUAUAUAAAUUUUCACAUUAUACAUUGACAUAUGAUUAUAUUAUAUCUGCAUUGAAUGUUCAUUGAAUUUUAUUAGAAUAUAUUAAUUUUAAUAUUGUUUGUUAUUGUUUAUUUAAAAACUAUUCUUAAUAAAAAAAUCUU